GAACGGGCGCGGCCAUAUUGAUUCAAGCAGUCGAACAAGUCGGAAGUCUUCUCUCGAAGUUCUCGUCCAGUCCAGUCUUUUCCCCCCCGUUAGUGGCCAGCCAGCGGUUUUUUGCCGGAAGUGUCGAAUCGAUCCGUAGCCGGAAGCCAGUAGUGCGUGCGCGGAUUAUCGCGGGAGUUCCCGGAUCUUGGGAUUUGUUUGAUCGGGACGUUUUCGAGCUUUUCGUUGGCCGGAAGUUGCCGCUAGUAGCAGGCCCCGGGUGUGCGAGUCGGAAGUGCCGUUUUCUCGGAUACGGUGUGUGCGGAUUCUCCUCGGAGGAAAUUUUUUUUUCUGGAAAAGAAGAAAAACUGCCGCAGCAAACGGUGCCUGUGGGUGUGUGCGUGUGAGGAGUGUGUUUGGAGCAUCUCGCCGGAGUACCGUAAAUCUCUCACGUUCUCUCUUUUCCCCUCUCCCGGUUGUGUAGAGAGUGGUUGCGGUGGUGUGCGUUACAACCUCUGCGCGCCUACUUCUCACUACUACCAAGUGUGUCGUAGAAGAACCGAGAGUGCCCUGCUAGUAGGAGUGCCCCCGCGAGUGCUGCUUCGGCCCACAGUGUGCGGUGUGUAAAGUGAGAGUGAGGACCUAGACCGGAAACAGUCGCGCAGAAAAAGUCCAACCAGCCGAACCCAAAAUGUCGGAACGCGAAAACAACAUCUACAAGGCAAAGCUGGCCGAACAGGCCGAGCGAUACGACGAAAUGGUUGAGGCCAUGAAGAAGGUCGCCUCCAUGGACGUCGAGCUCACAGUCGAGGAGCGGAACCUGCUGUCGGUCGCGUACAAGAACGUCAUCGGUGCACGACGUGCCUCGUGGCGGAUAAUCUCGUCGAUUGAGCAAAAGGAAGAGAACAAGGGCGUCGAGGAGAAGCUGGAGAUGAUCAAAAACUACCGGUCCCAGGUGGAGAAGGAACUGCGCGACAUCUGCUCAGACAUCCUGGAGGUGCUGGACAAGCAUCUGAUCCCGUGCGCGACGACCGGCGAAAGCAAGGUGUUCUACUACAAAAUGAAGGGCGACUACCACCGCUACCUGGCCGAGUUCGCCACCGGUGGGGACCGCAAGGACGCCGCCGAGAACUCGCUCGUCGCGUACAAGGCCGCCAGCGACAUCGCGAUGACGGACCUUCCGCCGACGCACCCGAUCCGGUUGGGACUCGCACUCAACUUCUCAGUAUUCUACUACGAAAUCCUGAACUCGCCGGAUCGUGCCUGCCGCCUAGCGAAAGCCGCAUUCGACGACGCAAUCGCCGAGCUCGACACCCUGAGCGAGGAAAGCUACAAAGAUUCCACGCUCAUCAUGCAGCUGCUGCGGGACAACCUUACGCUCUGGACAUCCGAUAUGCAGGGUGACGGUGACGGCGAACAGAAAGAACAAAUCCAGGACGUUGAAGACCAGGACGUGUCGUAAUCUGUUACGCGACUCGUUUUAUGUGUGAAUUUAUUUUAUUAAUUAAAGAAAAAUAAGAUUAAGCAUUAUUAAAUAAGCUAUACAUAAGAAAACAACAAAGAAAAAAAAGGAAAAGAAAAAAACUACAUUACACAGCAAAAAAAAAAACAACCAUCAGGAAGACAACAAACAACACACACAAACAAACACGGAAACUUACACACACAGUCAGAAAUUGGAAGCGAAAAACAAAGGAGAAACCGCAACAGCAGCAGCAAACGACUUAACUCACUCGAAAGAAGGAUGAACCAAUGAACUUGCGUGGGGAAUUAAGGGAAAGAAAGACGUUUUCGAAUAUCAGCGCGCUACAUCUGGCCCAGGACACAGGAAUGAGACACACUUACACACACGUACAGACAGACACACACGCAUACAUGAACACAUGAAUACUUACUACUACUACAUCAAAAAACAGCGUAUUAGAGCAUAUUGAUUACUACAACUACUACUAGUAAAAAAGCUAACAAAAAAAAAAGAUUCAGCUGAGUGGUGUAAAAAGAGAAAAAAAAAUCAUCAUCCAUUAAAUGUGUAUUGUUUUUGUCAAUAUAUAUUAAUAAAAAAUAAAGAAGUAAUAAAAAGAAGGUACGAAGAAAAUCUAAAAAAGAGGAAAUUAAAUUAACGCGGUAUAAAGAAAAAGCAACAAACAAAAGCAGAGAGCGAAACAACACUUUCAAAAGGCACACCCACACACAAACACACAUUGAGUGUAUCAAUUUGAACCCUUUUAUUGCAAAUCCUAACCACCUUAACUUGCUUUUGUGACGAGAGGGCGAGCGCGCGCGCGCGCGCAACUCGCGGUCCUCUCCCGGUGCGGCGCGGUGUAAUCUCUUCAAAUCUCUUCCAUCCAUUCCAAGCCACGUGUCCAAGUCUGGAUUUUGAAGGGUUUGUUGUUUUGUGUUUUUCUUCUGUCCGUUGUAAGGAUAUCAGUAUUCUGCGAGAGAGAGAGAGAGAACGAGAGCGAGUGUGGUGUGUGCGCAACAUUUUCCCCCCGAGUAUUCUACCAAUAAUUGCUGCUACUAGCGAAACAAGUGUGUCCGUUCGAUCUCGGCGAAAACGCCCCCGGAAGUUUCCGCGAGUUGCGCGCCAUCGCCACGCAAAAAAAAACGACAGUUUUUCUUAUUUAUUCGCACUUGAGUGUGAGGAUUAUCCUCCCGGUUUUCCGCUCAUUCCACCGAUUGGUUAAGGUUUUUUCCCGAUCAGAGGAGGCGUGUUGCGCUUUGUCCACCCCCUUUUGUGGUACACCCUAACAUUCUCACCCGAACGCCUACUUCGAUCACGAUUUGUUGCGGCCUUCUUUCCGAGCGCCGACAGUGAAGCCGAGAGAACAAUAGAAAACUCGCAAAAGCAGGGAAAAGCAGACUGUCCGAAGGGAGAAUUUUCGCACUUUCUCAGUCGUCCUGAACCCGAAAAAAAUGCGGUAAAAAGGAGCACAAACAAAAAUAGUAAACUCCGAACAGCUUGGAGAAACGAACAUCAAACUGGACGACUGCGUCUGUGUGCAGACUUCUCGACGCGAUCUUUCGCGAACAAAAAUAAGGAACAAGUGCGAACGAAUUUUCUACACACCCAACACAUUGAAUGAAAUCAACGGUUUUUUGAGAACGAGGAAUAGUACAGAAUCUACUAAACAAAACUCUACAUGAAUAGUCUAGUAAAUAAUGAAAAACAAAGUCAUUGCAUUUAUCACCUCACACACAACACACACACAUCAAAGGAAAGAAGAAAAAAUACAUUCAAAACACAGACAAAAAAAACACUCUCACUCUCGUUGCAAAUGUGUGUGUAAAACAAGAAGCAAAACAACAACAAAACAAAAUAGGCAGCCUGAAUUACACCAACUAACGACGAAGCAAACAAAAAUAUUAUCCAACAGAAAAGAAAAACAAACUCUUAAAAAUGGAAAAAAGCAACAACGUCUAAGCAAGCUAUGUUUUAAUCAGCAAAAACAAAAAUCGUAAAUAAAGUAAAAACGUUUCUAGUAGUAGCCAUUGGAAAAAAACGCAGCUUUUUACUUGCAGCAGCAGCGCACUCUAAUCCUGUAUUUAUGUGUGUUUUUCUCAUAGCCUACUCUCUUAGUGUACCACACAUUCACACCCCCCAAACAAUUGUCCUCCCCCCUUCUUGUGGGUGGGAAAAAAAACUCUUUAGUUCGUUCUUUAAAACUAUUGGUUUCCACCUGACCUACUUCGAUCGCGAUUGAUACCAGAAAACCGAGGAAGUCGCAAAAUGAUGACGUAUCAAUUUCCGAGAAUUAAGUGUAAGGCGCGGUAAGGUAACAACAGAAUUAAAUAAUUACUGAAGAAAAAAAAAAACACAGAAGAAAAAAACCUAUUGAUUAUUAUGAGUAGAGGUAUAAAUUAAAAACGGUAAAUAAAUUGAAUAAAAAGAGAACCAUGCAAAACUACUUAAACAAACACUAAUUAUCAACGCAAGCAAACAACAACCGAACCCUAGAAGAAAUCAAAACAGCAACAAGACAAACGAAAAAAAUAAGGCACUUCCAACGCAAGCAAACGCGGCAAAUCUCGACAUUUUCUUAGUUCGUCUCGUUUUUCGUUCAUUUUUUUCGACGCUCCAAAUUUGUCGGUUUCACAACGCCAUCCUUUGUUUCCUCGUUCACAAUUUUUAAACCAGAAAAAAAUGUGGUCGUUUUCGCCGGAUGAAAUUCUGUUUUGGCCCCCCUCAAUAACCAAAAAAGUACGAACCCAAAAAAACAAACGAUUUAAAAAGAAUGGUUUUAUUUCGAUUUUAAAAACAAGUAUUUUACGUUUUACGUGUAAAGCAGCAGAAAACAAACACUUAUUGGACAAAAAAAGCUAAUUAAAAAUGCUAUAAUCGGAAGGAGAGAAA